UCUUCACAGACGGCCAUCUUGCCGGUGUACAGCCAUUUUGUAAUUGUAAACAAGUUUUAGUAAUUUUCUUGCAUUAUGGCUGCAAGGAGAAUAGGCAAGUAUAUACCAGAUUGGGUAAAGAUAAGUACACGUGUACCUCCUGAAGCCAGAGCUGAUAUGGGGCGUUAUAGAACUUCUUACGAAGGUCUGAAAACAAGCUUGGACUCAGUUUCAGCCAAGCCAGAACCUAUUGAUUGGGAAUUCUAUGCUAAGAACAUAUCUAAACCAGGAUUGGUUUCAAGUUUUCAAAAAGCUUUUGAAGCUAUAACUGUACCAUAUCCCAAGGAUACAAAGAGUGCUAUUAUUGCUGAUAGAGAGAAAGAAAUGGAAAAACUGUGUGAGCAGCUGAAAAAAGAAUCAUUGGCAAGAAUUAAAGAGUAUGAAGCUGAGUUAGCACAAGUCAAGGCUCAGAAACCUUUUGAAGAUAUGACUAUUGAGGAAUAUCUGGAAGAUCAUCCAGAGUUAAAGAAACAAGCCCAAGAAGAAUUAAAACAGCACAUUUGGAAGUGAUGAAUUCCGAUAUUAAUGUUGUCAUUAUUGCAGUCAUUUGUGCUGAUCAUUCAAGGUUUAUGAUUUCUGGGUGUAUUUUAAAGUGUGAAUAAAAAAAUAUUGAUAAUA